AUGGGUAAAAAAAAGAAUCCCUCUCCUUCAAGUGAGGAAAAAGCUAAUCUUUGCAAUAUACAAAAUAUUUCUCAGGACUCCAUAACCUCUGCUCUUCGUGAACGUUAUCAAAGAGAUAUUAUAUAUUCUCGUUUAAAUAGUUCUGCGCUAGUAGCAGUAAACCCUUACAAACCCCUUUCUAUCUUCAGCGAUUCAACUGUACAAGAAUAUGUUGCUAAUUAUAAAGACUAUUCGAGUCAAAAAGAUCAAUUACCUCCUCACGUUUUUCAAAUUGCUUCUCAGGCAUAUCUACAUAUGCGACGAACGGGACAAGACCAGUCCAUCAUCUUAAGUGGUGAGUCCGGAAGUGGAAAAUCGGAAACACGCAAACUUUUGGUUAAACAAUUAAUUGCUUUAAGUGCUAACCCUAAAAAAGAAUCUCGAGUUCAAUCCCAAGUUCCAAACUCUGAAUUUAUUCUAGAAUCUUUUGGUAACUCAAAAACAAUAUCUAACGAUAAUGCUUCUCGAUUUGGUAAAUAUACUGAAUUACAAUUUAAUGAACGUGGAAAACUUAUCGGGGCAAAAACUCUUGAUUAUCUUUUGGAAAAAAGUCGCAUUUCAAAUGUUCCACAUAAUGAGCGAAACUUUCACGUCUUUUAUUAUUUAAUUUCUGGUGCGUCACAUGAAGAAAAAUCUCAUCUUCAUCUUACCGAUGUCACUCAUUACCGUUAUUUGAAUAUACCUAAGGGAACAAGAAUAUCUGGUGUUGAUGACGCUGGAAAAUUUAAUGAAUUAAAACAAGCAUUGAAAUCUUUGGGUUUUCAUAAAAAACAUGUUGCUCAAAUGUUUCAACUUUUAGCUGCUAUUUUACACUUGGGAAAUUUACAAUUUGCCGAAGAUCCAAAUAAUAGAUUGAAAGAAGCUGCCUUUGUUAAAAAUCAGGAAGUAUUAGAUUUAGUUUCAGACUUUUUAGGCAUGGAUUCUCGUUCUUUGGAAAGUAUUCUUACUUAUAAAACAAAGUUAAUUAAGAAGGAAAUGUGCACAAUAUUUCUGGAUUCAGAAAAUGCUUCUAAACAACGUGAUGACUUAGCAAAUGUACUUUAUUCUUUAUUGUUUAGUUGGAUAGUAGAGUAUAUCAACACAAAACUUUGUCAUGAUAACUUUGCUAGCUUUAUUAGUGUUGUAGAUCUUUUAGGCUUCCAAGAUUUAACAAAAAAUUCUCUCGAGCAAUUUUGCGUUAACUUUGCGAGCGAAAAAAUACAUAAUUUUAUUUUACAACAAAUUUUCGAGUCUGAUAAAGAAUUUUUAGAUGAAGGAAUUAAUAUAUUUGAUGUUCCAUACACUGAUAAUACUCCUUGUCUUCAGAUGAUCGUUAAACCUUCAUCAGGAUUAAUAGCCAUCAUGAACGAUCAAGCAAAUAAGACUUCACGUAAAACGGAUCAAACUAUGUUAGAUGCUUUUAACAAGAAAUAUUCUGAACAUGAAUCCUUCAAAGCAACAGGAAAAAGUUUGAAUUCUCUUCCUAUUUUCGGUAUCCAACAUUUUCACGGUCAGGUUACUUACGACUCAAAAGGUUUUCUGGAAAAAAAUAUUGAUAAUCUCAGUGCAGAUUUUGUUUCGAUUUUCCGUAGCUCCGGUGGUGAAAUUCUUCCUUCUUACAACAAUUUCAUUACUGGUCUUUUCACCGAGAAUGCUGUCGCUACUGAAUCUCAUCCACGUAAUGAUGAUACAAUUGUUGCAGCUCAACAAUCCGCUAAACCAACACGCGCACCUUCCAUGCGUCGUAAGAAAGGUCAACCUUCAGAUUCUAAAGCAAAACCGACGGUCACUUGUUUUUCUGCUCAAGUCGCUUCAGCACUUGAUGAACUAUGCGAAACCCUUGAUGAGACACAGUCUUGGUAUAUAUUUUGUAUCCGACCUAAUAAUGCUUUAUUACCAAAUCGAUUUGAUUUAGCAGUAGUGAGUUCUCAAGUCAGAACAUUCGGAUUACAUGAAAUUGCCCAAAAACUUCAAUUGGAAUAUACUACGAGUUAUACACAUCAAGAAUUUAUUGAAAGAUAUUCAUCUAUACUAGAUGCAGAACUUGAACAAUACAGAGACCUAAAGGCGAAAUGUGAAGCGGCAAGCGAAAAUUUUGGGUUUUCCGGUUCAGAUAUGGCUGUUGGAAAAACCAAGGUUUAUUUGAGCGAGCAAACAUGGCAUGGUUUGGAAGAUAAUCUCAGAGGAAUGUAUGGUGAUGAUAAACGACGAAAAAAGGACAAAAAAUCAAGGAUGACAGAAAUUCAAAAUGAGGAUCAAUUAUCUCAAAUCUCAUAUCCCUCAAAUCAAGAAUUAAACGAAGGACCCCGUCGUCUUUCCCCUCCAAGAAAUUUCGAUCAACAUUCUUUCUAUUCCGGGGAUGAUAAUCGUUCAAAUCUCUCUGAAGAUGACUAUUAUCAAGACGAAGCUUACAGCACAUUUGAAGAUACUUCAUCAUCAUAUGGUUCUGAAAUUUAUGCUCCAUCACAUAACAUGUUUAGAGAAAUGGAAAAGACGAAUAUGUUAAUUGAUCAAGAAAAGGUUUUAGUAGAAGAACCCGAAGAACCUCGUAGAACUACAGCAGCUCGUAAAAAAUGGGUAUUCCUUACAUGGCUUCUUACAUGGUGGAUUCCUCCUUGUUUCUUAAAUUGGUGUGGUGGCAUGAAACGAAAAGAUAUUCAAAUGGCAUGGCGAGAAAAAGUUGCUCUAUGCUUCGUCAUCUUUUUCAUCUCAUGUGUAGUAAUCUUUGUCCUAGCAUUUUUGGGCUUGUUAAUUUGUCCACAUGUAGAUCUAUUUAACGAUUCCGAAGUAGCAGAACACAGUUUCGAAAAUUCACCUAAUAGCGUCUAUAUGUCAAUUCGUGGAGAAGUGUAUUUGUUGAGCGGUUAUGCACCCCGUCAUUACCCCCCUCUCGUGGAUCAGAAAUCAAUUUUAUCAUACGGUGGACAAGAUGCUACAAAAUUAUUCCCUGUUCAAGUUAGUGCUCUUUGUCGUGGUACUCAAAAUUCUGUUGAUCCUUCAGUCACAUUUGAUUUUACUGCUAAUGGAACAUCCGACACUAAUGCCAAAUAUCAUGACUUCCGUUUUUCUACUGAUGAUUAUCGACCUGAUUGGUAUUUUGAAGAAAUUUUAAUGAAAUUGAGAGCAAAUUAUUUAGUCGGUCAAAAAGCAAUUGCACCAAAAAAAGUCAAGGAGAUGGCCCUUACAGAUAAAAAAAAUAUUGCAAUUCUCCAUGAUAAUGUUUAUGAUCUUACUUCAUACAUCGUAGGUGGUCGAUCCACCGUUGGACCAAAUGGGGAGGCAGUUUCUGGUGGGGACAUUGAUAAAGAUUUUAUGGAUUCACUUAUAGUAGAUCUCUUUACCACCGACAAUGGACUUGAUAUUAGUAAAAAAUUCGACGCAUUAAAACUUGAUAAAACACUUAAAAGAAAUCAAUUAACUUGUUUACGUAAUUUGUUUUAUGUUGGAAAAGUAGAUCAUCGUAGAUCAGCUCAAUGCCUGUUUUCAAAUUACAUUUUGCUUGCAUUCUCUGGAGUAUUAGUAGCUGUCAUAUUAUUUAAAUUUUUAGCUGCACUUCAACUAGGUGCCUUACGCGAACCGGAAGAGCACGACAAAUUUGUCAUAUGUCAAGUUCCUUGUUAUACCGAAAGUGAUGAUUCCAUGCGUAAAACAUUGGACUCAUUGGCAGUUUUAAGAUAUGAUGACAAACGCAAGCUUUUAUUCAUUGUUUGUGAUGGUAUGAUUGUUGGUACUGGUAAUGAUCGUUCAACACCUCGUAUAGUUUUAGAUAUCUUAGGAGUUGAUCCCAACGUUGAUCCCGAACCGCUUAGCUUUAUUUCUUUGGGCGAUGGCGCUAAACAACAUAAUAUGGGAAAAGUUUAUUCUGGUUUAUAUGAAUGUAAUGGACACGUCGUUCCUUAUCUUGUGGUAGUUAAAGUCGGAAAAACAACCGAGCGAUCUCGUCCUGGUAAUCGGGGUAAACGUGAUUCUCAAAUGAUUCUUAUGCGUUUCUUGAACAAAGUUCAUUUUAAUUCUGAGAUGACACCUUUGGAAUUGGAAAUGUAUCAUCAAAUCAAAAAUGUAAUUGGUGUAAAUCCCAGUUUUUAUGAAUAUAUUCUUAUGGUGGAUGCCGAUACAGAAGUAUUACCGGAUUCUUUAAAUCGACUUGUUUCAGCGUUUAUGCACGAUACCAGAGUAAUGGGAUUAUGUGGAGAAACAACUCUUUCCAACGCUAAAACUUCUUGGGUUACUAUGAUUCAAGUUUAUGAAUAUUAUAUUUCUCAUCAUCUCGCAAAAUCAUUCGAAUCACUCUUUGGUAGUGUAACUUGUUUACCUGGUUGUUUCUGUAUGUAUCGUGUACGCACACCCGACACACAUAAACCUUUGUUAAUAAGCAAUCAAGUUAUCGAAGAUUACUCUGAAAAUUUAGUAAAUACUCUUCACAAGAAAAAUCUACUUCACCUUGGAGAAGAUCGUUACCUGACUACUUUAAUGAUGAAACAUUUUCCAACUUAUAAAAUGACCUUUGUACCAGAUGCUCAAUGUAAAACUACAGCUCCCGAUCAAUGGUCUGUACUCCUUUCUCAACGUCGUCGAUGGAUCAAUUCAACCGUUCACAAUUUAAUGGAAUUAGUGUUCUUACCACAACUUUGUGGUUUCUGUUGUUUCUCUAUGCGUUUCGUGGUGAUGAUAGAUUUAUUUGCUACACUUAUUAUGCCGGCCACAGUUGCUUAUCUUGUAUAUCUUGUUUAUACAGUUGUACAAAAUCCUACAGCAAUUCCAAUUACAUCAUUAAUACUUUUAGCGGCCGUUUAUGGUCUUCAAGCAAUUAUAUUUAUUAUUCGUCGAAAAUGGGAACAUGUUGGUUGGAUGAUAUUUUAUAUUUUAGCCAUCCCAGUCUUUUCAUUCUAUCUUCCAGUUUAUGCCUUUUGGCAUUUUGACGAUUUCUCAUGGGGUAAUACACGUGUUGUAGUUGGUGAAAAAGGCAAAAAAGUGGUGGUUACAGAUGAAGGCAAAUUUGAUCCCAAAGUGAUCCCCAAAAAGAAAUGGUCAGAUUACGAACAAGAAUUAUGGGAAGUUAAUACACAAGGGUCACACGAGUCAGCACAUUCAAGAGCUUCAUAUAAAAGCAAUCGAUCAGCUAAAAAAGGGUCACAAGCUGGAUCAGUCUAUGGAGGAGAUAGAUCUCGUUCACCGAUACCACCACCACCACCAUUUGAAGAAAGACGAACUUCGUACGCUACCCAACGUGGAUCAUACGUUAGUCUUCCAGAUGGAGGAGCAGCAUAUUAUAAUAACGCAAUUAACGCAAUGAACGCAAUGAGUGAUUCCGGAUUUCCAUCAGAUGAUGAACUUCUUCAAAAGAUUAGAAAUAUUUUAGCCAGUGCUAAUCUCAUGUCAAUUACAAAGAAACAAGUGCGUGACGAUUUAUCUCAAUCCUUUGGUAUGGAUAUGAGUCCUAGGAAAGAAUAUAUUAACAAUUGUAUAGAAAUGAUCUUACAAGGGAAACUAUAA